CGGAACCCGUGCGCUCACCGCCCGAGGUCAGCAAGAAGCCCCGCGCCUUGUCUGCCUCCAUGGCCGCCGCGCUGCUCGCUCGGGCCUGGGGCCCCAGCCGCCGAGCUCUGCGUCCUUGGGACUGGCGUCGGUUCCAUACUGUCUACCAGUCUGUGGAACUGUCUGAGACACACCAGAUGCUGCGUCAGACAUGCCGGGAAUUUGCUGAAAAGGAGCUGGUUCCCAUCGCAGCCCAGGUAGACAAGGAGCAUCGCUUCCCGAAGGCCCAGGUGAAGAAGAUGGGUGAGCUUGGGCUUUUGGCCAUGGAUGUGCCUGAGGAGUUCAGCGGCGCCGGCCUGGAUUACCUGGCUUACGCCAUUGCCAUGGAGGAGAUCAGCCGGGGCUGCGCCUCAACAGGAGUCGUCAUGAGUGUCAACAACUCCCUCUACUUGGGGCCUAUCCUGAAGUUCGGCUCCAAGGAGCAGAAGCAACAGUGGAUCACCCCUUUUACCAGUGGCGACAAAAUUGGCUGCUUUGCACUCAGUGAACCAGGGAACGGCAGCGACGCGGGAGCCGCCUCCACCACUGCCCGAGCAGAUGGUGACGCGUGGAUCCUGAACGGCACCAAGGCCUGGAUCACCAAUUCCUGGGAGGCUUCCGCCGCCGUGGUCUUUGCCAGCACGGACAGGUCCUUGCAGAACAAGGGCAUCAGUGCCUUCCUGGUCCCCAUGCCGACACCUGGGCUCACGCUGGGGAAGAAGGAAGACAAGCUGGGUAUCCGGGCCUCAUCCACAGCCAACCUCAUCUUUGAGGACUGUCGCAUCCCCAAGGACAGCCUGCUGGGGGAGCCGGGCAUGGGCUUCAAGAUCGCCAUGCAAACCCUGGACAUGGGGCGCAUUGGCAUUGCCGCACAGGCUCUGGGCAUCGCCCAGGCCGCUCUUGAUUGUGCUGUCAACUACGCCGAGAAUCGCAGGGCCUUUGGGGCGCCCCUCACCAAGCUCCAGAGUAUCCAGUUCAAGUUGGCGGACAUGGCCCUGGCGCUGGAGAGUGCCCGGCUGCUGACCUGGCGUGCAGCCAUGCUGAAGGAUAAGAAGCAGCCUUUCACCAAGGAAGCAGCAAUGGCCAAGCUGGCUGCGUCAGAAGCUGCAACUGCCAUCAGCCACCAGGCCAUCCAGAUCCUGGGUGGCAUGGGUUACGUGACAGAGAUGCCGGCCGAGCGACACUAUCGCGAUGCGCGCAUCACCGAGAUUUAUGAAGGCACCAGUGAGAUCCAGAGGCUGGUGAUUGCGGGGCACCUGCUCAAGAGUUACCGGAACUGAGCCCUGAGGAAGGGCUAAGGAGCACCGCACAUGGGGGCCAGGCUGGCCUGAGGACAGUGGGAAACAGGGGCAGGAGCCAGGAGGCCUUCAACCAGAUGCUCAGGAAUGCUGCGGGGUGCCCAGCUCGGGGGGCUGUGCCUCUUCUUGCCAGGACCGCCCAGGGCCCAGCCCUCUGGUGUGGACUCUUCUGCUGCCCUCACCUCCACGCACCCCAGACCAGACUGCCCAGGCUAAGCCUGAGAGAAAGGAAAGGUGAAGGAAGGAGACCUAUUCGGAAGACCCCUAUCUUCAGCUCCGCUUUUAGACACUGCUUCCUCUUCACACCUGUGCCUUCUUUUCUUCAUCAGAGUGGACCUGGCCUCCUGGAGGCGGGGCCUUGGGAAGGGCUGAAUUACCACCUUGGGACCCCCCCCCUUUCCUUGCUCAGCGGGAGACCCAGGUGGGGAGACUCAGGUGGGACAGGCUCUUGGCAGCAUCUGCUCUUCCCUGAGGUCAGGGGUCAGGAGGAGGAGUGGGGGCCGAAAUGCCAGGGCCCAGAGUAGCAGAGGUUGUGUUUCCUCUGACUCCUAGGGCUGCCUUGGGAAAGCUGUGUGCCUGGCUCAUCGUGAAGCACCUGGAACCCCAUAAGCCUGUUCUUUAUAAAUUAUAAAUGAGCGGGAAGGGGUUUGAAUCCUCCUUCAGGACAAUCAGUUGUGGAAACAGUAAUAAAGCGUACCUGUGCCUGG